GUGUGUUUCGUAUCGGAAUCGCCCCCACCGCUGUUGCUGCUGGCGGCAAUACAAGUUGUUUCAAAGUCAAAAGUCUCUCUCUGCUCACCGCGUGACCCCCUCUCAUAUCUCUCGACAGUGCUGUAGUGCGCCACGUGAGGCCUGGUGCAGGCCUCUUAUGGACUCCAUCCUCAACGUCCCAAGGACCUCUCCACCUCCUCCACGUCCUCCGUCCUCCUCCCUCUCCCGCAACCUCCACCACCACCACCUCCUCCUCCACCACCACCUCCUCCUCCACCACCUCCACCACCUCCACCGUCUUCACCUGCCCGGGUCUCCCAGCCCACUAUGAACAUUGUAGCGGCAUUCCUGUCCACCCUGGCCGGACCCGUUGCUCGCAAACCUAAACAUGCGCGCACAGCCGCCGGAAGCAACAGCAGCAGAAGCAGCAGCAGCGGGAGAAGCAGCAGCGGGAGAAGCAGCAGCGGGAGAAGCAACAGCAGCAGGAAAAGCAGCAGCAGGAGCAGCAGAAGCAGCAACAGCAUCAGAAGCAGAAGCAGCAACAGCCGCAGCAGAAGUAGCAGCAGCUGGAGAAGCAGCAGCAGAAGCAGCAGCAGCAGCAGGAGGAAAAGCAGCAGCAUCAUCAGCGGGAGAAGAAGCAGCAGCAGCAGAAGCAGCAGCAGAAGCAGCAACAUCAGCAGCAGAAGCAGCAACAGCAGCGGGAGAAGCAGCAGCAGAAGCAGCAACAUCAGCAGCAGUAGCAGCAGCAGCAGCGGGAGAAGCAGAAUCAGCAGCGCGACGCUCGGUGGUUUCCGAUCGCCCGCGGGUCUCCGUCUCAUCCCCGUGCGUUGCGACAACCUCCGCGUCUCGUGGACGAGGAACUCCGCCUCUUCCACCACCACCGCUCGCGACACCUCCUCCCGCUCCUCACCGGCAACAGCAUCGGGAGCAUCGUCAGCAUCGUCAGCAGGCGGCGGGGGAGAGCGCCACGAGGAGGAGGAGGAAGAGGACGAAGGAGGAGGAGGGAGACGAGACAGAGGAGCAGGAGGAGCAGGAGAGAAAAUUCGAUUGGAGGCAUCUCGGCCGCCAUUGCUGGUGGUGGAGGUGGUGGUGGUGCUGCCGCUGCUGCUGGUGGUGGAGCUGCUGCUGCUGCUGCCGCCGCCGCUGGAGACGCGGACGCGGCCCUGGAGCCUCGGCGGCGACCACGGCCGACCGCGGUAUCGGCGGAGGUGGCGGAAGCGGCGGAAGCGGCGGUGCAGGCGCCGGCCUCGGCGGGGGCCGCUGGUGGCUUUGCGCGUUGGCCGCGACGGCCUUGCUGGCGCCCGGUGGCGGGGGCGGCGGCCACGGCGGCCGGGCCGGCGCGUCGUCUCCGCCGUCGACGGCGUCGUCGGCUGCCGCCCGCGCUUGCCCCUCGCUGUGCACCUGCACGCAGGAGCUGAGCCGCGUGAUCUGCACGCGCAAGCAGCUGCGGGAGGCGCCGUCGGGCGUGCCCUCGGGCGCCCACUUCCUGAACCUGCAGGAGAACAGCCUGCACGUGGUGAAGGCCGACAGCUUCCGGCAGCUGCGCCAGCUGCGCGUGCUGCAGCUGAGCCGCAACUCGAUCCGCCAGGUGGAGGCGGGCGCCUUCCACGGCCUGGUGAGCCUCACCACGCUGGAGCUCUUCGACAACCGCCUCGCCGCCGUGCCCAGCGCCGCGUUCGAGGCGGUCGCGGGCCUCCGGGAGCUGUGGCUGCGCAGCAACCCCAUCGAGAGCAUCCCGGCCUUCGCCUUCCGCCCGCUGGAGUCGCUGCAGCGCCUCGACCUGGGCGAGCUCAAGCACCUGCAGUUCAUCUCGGAGGGCGCCUUCGAGGGCCUCGGCAACCUGCAGUACCUCAACCUGGGCAUGUGCAUGCUGCGCGAGGUGCCCAACCUGGAGCCGCUCGCUCGCCUCGAGGAGCUCGACCUGUCGGGCAACCGCGUCGAGUCGCUGCGGCCCGACUCCUUCCGCGGCCUCGGCGGCCUCCGCAAGCUGUGGAUGAUGCACGCCGGCGUGCGGCUGGUGCGGCGCGGCGCGCUCGACGGCCUGCGCUCCCUGCAGGAGCUCAACCUGGCCCACAACCGGCUGGCGGCGCUGCCCCAUGACCUGUUCGGGCCCCUGGGCGGCCUGCGCCGGGUGCACCUGCACCACAACCCGUGGGCCUGCGACUGCGACGCGGCGUGGCUGGCGCGCUGGCUCCGCGAUAACGAGUCCGGCAACGUCACGUGCUGCGCCCGCUGCUCGUCGCCGCCCGAGCUCAAGGGCCGCUACGUCAGCGGCCUCGACCCUCCCGCCGCCUCCGGGGCCGGGACGGCUCCGGCAGCCGCGCCGCGGUGCCGGGCGCCGGUCAUCGUGGAGGGGCCCCACGACCUCAACGUGAGCGAGGGGGCGGCCGCAGAGAUGCGCUGCCGCCGGGCGCCGUCGCCCACCAGCUCGGUCACGUGGCUCGGGCCGGAUGGCGCGGCCGUGGCCCCCGCACUGGCGGCCUCCCGGCGGCUCUCGCUGACGGCCGACGGCUCGCUGAACUUCACGAGCGUGGCGGCGCGCGACGCCGGCCUCUACACGUGCCUGGUGGCCAACGCAGCCGGGAACGCCUCGGCCUCGGCCACCCUCGCCGUGUCCCCGGGGGCGGCGGGAACGGGGGCGUUCCCGCCGCCGCCACCCGGCGCCGGCCCCAACUACACCUACUUCACCACCGUCACCGUGGAGACGGUGGAGGCCGCCCAGCCCGUCACCGGGCGGGACGAGGGGGCGGCCGCCCCGGGAGGCCCCGGCGAGCCGCGGCCCCCGCCGCUGACCCCCCCGCCGGGCUCGCAGGGCCCCCCCCCGCCCCGGCGACAGCCGCCCGGUGGCGCGGCCGGAGCCCCGGCGGCCCCGGCGGGCCUCGACGAGGUGAUGAAGACGACGAAGAUCAUCAUCGGCUGCUUCGUGGCCAUCACGCUGAUGGCCGCCGCCAUGCUGGUGGUCUUCUACAAACUGCGCAAGCAGCACCACCGGCAGGGCCACCGCAUGAUGCAGUCGCGCGCCAUCGAGAUCAUCAGCGUGGACGAGGACGUAGUCGGCGGCGGUGCGGGCGGGCCCCUGGGCGUGGGCCCCGGCCGCCACCACCAGCAGCAGCAGCAGCAGCACCACCACGCGCUCGGGUUGCCCUCGCCGCCCAGCGGCAAGCGGCCGCACGACGGCAGCCUGGGCCUGUGCGGCGCCAACGUGGCGCUAGCGGCCGGGAUGGCCGGAGGGCCGGGGUCGUCGCUGGCCGCCCACUACGGUUACGGAAAGACGUUGCCGCUGCCGCCGCCGCCGCUGCCGUACGGAUACAACCACCACCACCACCAGCAGCAGCAGCACGCUGGUACGCUGGGACACCCGGCGCUCAACUCGUACCACCACACGUCUGUGCACGAACCGCUGCUGCUGCGAUCGAGCUCCAAGGAGAACGUGCAGGAGACACAGAUUUGAUCCGGAUGUGGACGUUCAAUGGGGGGGGAUUUUUGUUUCUUACCGCGCGAGGAGCUGACCCCCGGCAGAUGCGUCGGGGGAGGGGGGGGGGGGGUCGCGAUCAGAUAUACGGCGGCGCAGAGAGAGAGAGAGACGGUGAGGGGAGAGCGAUACGGGAAGAGAUGGAGAGAUCCGUACUUCGCCAGAGAGAGAGAGACUGAGAGAUUCACGGAGAGAAAGAUCCGUACCUCGUCGCUGGAUUUGAUACGGAUUACGCCGCUAGACUUUCC